AUGGAAAAAGUAAAUUAUAAUAUACGUAAACGUAUCGAGAUUGGUCAAUUACCUAGAUUUUCUAGACCCAUCCAUAUGUAUUCAAACAAUGAUGAUGCAAAAUAUAUGGAACCAAUUAAUAUCUGGAGUCAUAAUUUAAGUGUUAUUAAACAUCAAAAAGAAGAGGAAGAAAAACUAUUAACAAAAUGCCUUUCAUUCUCUGAACUAUGUCACGUUAUCAAUGAACCUAAAAAUGAAAUUAUUUUGAAAAAUUUGAACACUUUAUAUGGAAUAGCACAAGAACUUUCUAAAGAUGAACAACCUGAAAUAUUAAGUUCAGCCGUAUUAUUUUUUUUUAAAUUGUUGAUUGGUGUUUCUGGACUAUUAAUGAAACAUAUUUUAGAACUUAGGAGUAUGUUUGGAAAAGUAUCUAACAAUAAUGCUGAUAAAAUUUUUAAGCUGGUUAAAGAAGUUGAAAAAUUGAUGAGUGAUAAAAGUUUGAACAAUUUAAAAACACUAUGGGAAAAAUUAGAUGAUCAAAAAACUGAUAUUGAAGAAAAUCAAAAUAAAGAUCCAAAUUCUUUAGACAUCAGUAUAUUAAGUUAUAGCUCUAAAUGGGUCCCUCCAGAUUUUGCUAAAUUAUCUACUCCUGACUAUAGUUCAAAGAAUUCAUCAAAUCUUUUUUCAAUGGCUUAUAACGCAGAAAAAAGAAACCUUAGUUCUCCAAAUUUCAAUAAAAUUUGGUUACUAAAUCAAAUUACUAAAACUACGUCAAUAGAUUUAGGCGUUUCAAAUGAAGAUUAUUAUAAUAGUACAAUAGAUAUACUUUCAUCUCAAAAAUCAGAUACAGAAUUGCAAGAUGAAUUAUUCAAUUUACUUGGUUUUACAAGACUUACACUCAUUGAAACACUUUUAAAGCACAGAAAAGAAAUAUUAAAACAAUGUUUAACAGUAAAUGAAAAAAAAUAUAUACAUCCUACUGAUUUAAAAAUGGAAAAAAAACCUAGACACAUGGAGAUGAUUACUAUUGAAACUGAAGAAGAUAAAUUACUACGAAAAGAAUUAAGAAAAGAAGAAAAAGCAUAUCAACGAUUAAAUCGUCGUUAUGAAUCUGAUUCAGAUGAUGAGUCAGUUAAAAUUAUUUCAAAAACGACGAGUGCAGCUAAUGUUCCUACAUUUAUUGACCCUAAGAGCAGAAAAGCUCCUCCAGUUGAGAAAUAUCCCCAUGUAUACGAUAUGAAUAAUGAAUCAAAAUUAUCAAGUUGUUUUAUCUCUGGAGAAUCUUGUGUAAUUCCUGCUGGAGCCAAAAGAACAGACCAUCGAACACAUGAAGAAGUUUACAUUCCGGUUACAAAAAUGACCCAAGAAUUGACUGUUGGUAAAGAAUUAAUAGCUAUCAACACAUUAGAUGAGGUUGGACAAAAAGCAUUCCAUGGAAUCACUAAUCUUAAUAGAAUACAAACGGUUGUUUUUGAUGCAGCGUACAAUACAAAUGAAAAUUUACUAGUAUGUGCACCGACUGGAGCGGGAAAAACAAAUGUAGCUUUGUUGACUAUAAUUCAUCAAAUUAAACAACAUAUAAGAAAUAAUGAAAUUAAUAAAAACGAAUUUAAAAUAGUAUAUGUUGCUCCAAUGAAAGCUCUUGCUGCUGAAAUGACUGCAAAUUUUCGUAAACGUCUUUCUAGUUUAGGAAUUGAAGUUCGUGAAUUUACUGGUGAUAUGUCACUUACUAAAACAGAAAUGAUCAACACUCAAAUAUUAGUAACAACACCAGAAAAAUGGGAUGUAGCUACUCGUAAAGGCACUGGGGAUAUUGGACUCACAAGUUUAGUCAAGUUAUUGAUUAUAGACGAGGUGCAUUUAUUACAUGGUGAUCGUGGUCCAGUCCUUGAAGCUCUUGUUGCACGGACUUUAAGACAAGUUGAGUCUUCUCAGAGCAUGAUUAGAAUAGUUGGUUUAUCAGCUACAUUACCAAAUUAUAAAGAUAUAGCACGUUUCUUAAGGGUCAAUCUUCAUAAAGGAUUAUUUUAUUUUGAUGGACGUUUUCGACCAGUACCAUUAGUUCAAACAUUUAUAGGUGUUCGUGGUGGGAAAACUAUAAAAAUGCAGCAAGAAAUGGAUGCAGUUUGUUAUGAUAAAGUGUAUGAUAUGGUACAAAAAGGCCAUCAAGUUAUGGUAUUUGUUCAUGCUCGUAAUGCUACUGUAAAAACAGCUAAUGUAUUCAGAGAACUUUCAACUCAAAAAAAUCAUCAAUCUGCAUUCUUACCCCAAGAUUCUAAUAGAAUAGGAAUUGCUAAAAAGGCAUUUGAACGUUGUCAUUCAAAAGAAUUAAGUGAAUUAUUGAACAGUGGAUUUUCCAUUCAUCAUGCUGGUCUUUUGAGAUCUGAUAGAAAUUUAGUGGAAAAGUACUUUUCUGAAGGUGCUAUUAAAGUUUUAAUUUGUACUGCAACUUUAGCUUGGGGUGUAAAUCUUCCUGCUCAUGCAGUUAUUAUUAAAGGUACAGAAUUAUAUGAUUCAAAACAUGGUACAUUUGUAGAUCUUGGCAUGCUUGAUGUGUUACAAAUAUUUGGUCGUGCUGGAAGACCUCAAUUUGAUACAUCUGGACAUGGAAUGAUCAUUACUCCACAUUCAAAACUUCACAAAUAUUUAUCGUUACUUACUAAUCAAAUACCAAUUGAAAGUUGUUUUGUACAACAUCUUGUUAAUAAUUUGAAUGCUGAAGUUGUAUUAGGUACAAUAUCAAAUGUUGAAGAAGCCGUAAUGUGGCUUAGUUAUACUUAUUUAUUUGUUAGAAUGCGUAUAAAUCCUCUUGUCUAUGGAAUAUCACUGGAGGAAGUUGAAUUAGAUCCAAUGUUAGUAAAUAAAAGAAAAGAGUUCAUCAUUAAUGCUGCAAUGGCUUUAGAUAGAGCGAAAAUGUUACGGUAUAAUGAAAGAACUGGAGAUCUCUCAUCUACAAACAUGGGUCGAACAGCAAGUCAUUUUUAUAUUAGUCAUGAUAGUGUUGAAAUAUUUAAUCAAAAUUUAAGGCCCUUUAUGAAUAUGGCUGAGAUAUUAUCAAUGAUUUCUAGUGCCAAAGAAUUUGAUCAGUUAAAAGUUCGAGAUGAUGAAGUUGUCGAAUUAGAAACAUUAGCUCGUAAAUAUUGUCAUGUUGAAUGUCAUGGUUCAGCUGUAAAUGUAAAUGGUAAAGUUAAUAUACUUUUGCAAACAUACCUUGCACGUGGUAGAGCUAAAGGGUUUUCUUUGAUAUCCGAUUUGGUAUACAUAUCACAAAAUGCAACAAGAAUUGCCAGAGCACUUUUUGACAUGGUAUUACGCCGUAAUAAUGCCAUGAUGUCUGCUAAAUUAUUAGAAGUUUGUCAAAUGUUUGAAAUGAUUCAGUGGGAUUUUGAAUCCGAAUUAAGACAAUUUUCAGAUAUUCUUCCUUGGGAAAUCAUAGAUAAAAUAGAGUCAAGAAAAUUAUCAUUUCACCGUAUUCGUGAAAUGGAUUCUAAAGAAUUAGGUAUUCUACUUAGAAAUCAAAAUAUGGGUGCAAUUGUUAAAAAAUGUGCCAUGCAAGUUCCAUACAUCGAAGCUACUGAAAGUAUCCAACCAAUUACCAGAACUAUUUUAAGAAUAAAUUUAGAUAUAUUCCCAGAUUUUGAAUGGAAUGAUAGAUUUCAUGGUAAAACAUCUGUUGCUUUUUGGAUCUGGAUUGAAGAUCCAGAAUCAGAUAUGAUAUAUCAUUGGGAACAGUUCCUAAUCACUAAAAAACAAGUAAUGAGACAAGAAACUCAAAAGUUAAUAUUUACAAUACCAUUAGUUGAGCCAUUACCAUCACAAUAUAUUCUACAUUGUACUUCUGAUAGAUGGUUAGGUACAACUUUCACUACACCAUUAACAUUUCAACACCUUAUAAUACCCCAUAGUCAUGCAUCAGUUACAGACUUAUUAGAACUUUUUCCUUUACCAAUAACUGCUCUUAAGAAUCAAGGAUAUCAAUCUUUAUACAAUUUUACUCACUUCAAUCCAAUUCAGACUCAAAUAUUUCAUUGCCUUUAUCAUACUGAUAAUAACGUGCUCCUAGGAGCACCUACUGGAUCUGGAAAAACAAUUGCUGCCGAAAUUGCCAUGUUUAGAGUAUUCAAUGAACAACCUGAAGCUAAAGUAGUUUAUAUUGCUCCAUUAAAAGCACUUGUGCGAGAACGUAUGAUUGAUUGGAAAACCAGAUUAGAAGGAAAAUUAAAAAAAUCAGUUGUUGAAUUAACAGGUGAUGUCACGCCGGACGUUAGAGCUAUUUCAAAUUCAUCUAUAAUUGUAACGACUCCAGAAAAAUGGGACGGGGUUUCUCGUAGUUGGCAAACUCGUAAUUAUGUUCGUCAGGUGGCUUUAGUAAUGCUUGAUGAAGUUCAUCUUUUGGGUGAAGAUCGUGGUCCAGUGUUGGAAAUAAUAAUAUCUAGAAUCAAUUUCAUUUCAACGCAUACCGGACAACAUACUCGCAUUGUAGCUUUAACUACAGCUCUAUCAACAGCUGCUGAUCUUGCAGCUUGGUUACAUAUUGGUGAAAUGGGACUUUACAAUUUUCGUCCAUCUGUAAGACCUGUUCCACUCGAAGUACAUAUCAGUGGCUAUGCUGGACGAAAUUAUUGUCCAAGAAUGGCUACCAUGAACAAACCCAUUUAUCAAGCCAUCAAGCAACAUUCUCCAACGCAACCAGUUAUGAUUUUUGUUUCCUCUAGACGACAAACCAGACUGACUGCAUUGGAUUUAAUUGCUUAUUUAGGUGGUGAAGAUAAUCCCAAGCAGUGGGUUCGCAAAAGUGAUUAUGAGAUGGAUCAAAUAAUUGAAAGUAUUAGGGAUCCGAAUUUGAAGCUUUGUCUUGCUUUUGGUUUAGGCUUGCAUCAUGCUGGAUUACAAGAUAGAGACCGUAAAAUUGUUGAAGAAUUAUUUGUCAGCCAACAAAUUCAGGUUUUAAUUGCUACAUCAACUUUAGCAUGGGGAGUUAAUUUUCCAGCGCACUUUGUUAUAGUGAAGGGUACUGAAUUUUAUGACGGAAAACUCAAAAGAUAUGUUGAUAUGCCAAUUACAGAUGUACUACAAAUGAUGGGACGUGCAGGACGACCUCAAUUUGACAAUAUGGGAAUAGCAUUAAUUAUGGUUCACGAUAUAAAAAAAACUUUUUAUAAAAAAUUUUUAUACGAACCAUUUCCAGUUGAAUCAUCAUUGUUAGAUGUAUUGCCUGACCAUUUCAAUGCUGAAAUAGUUGCUGGAACUAUUAAGACAAAACAAGAUGCCAUUGAAUACUUGACUUGGACUUAUCUUAUACAAAGACUAAUGAAAAAUCCAGAGUAUUAUGGGUUACAUAGUUUGGAAGAAAGUUCUGUUUGCCAAUUUCUUUCAAAAUUAGUAGAACAAUGCAUUGGAACUCUAUAUACAAGUUACUGUGUAGAAAUUGAUGAAGAUCAACGCAAUGUGACAUCUACUCCGUUAGGUCAAAUAGCUUCAUAUUAUUAUUUACAACAUAAGACUGUCAAAACAUUUCAAGAGAGAUUAAAAGGUGAAUUAGGUAUAGAUGAUUUAAUUAAAGUUUUAGCUGAUGCUGAGGAGUUUAGUUUACUACCGGUUAGGCAUAAUGAAGAUCUAAUGAACACUGAAUUAGACAAACAGUGCCCAUUAGACAUUGGUGGCCGUCAGUAUGAAUGUUCUCAUACAAAAACAAUAAUAUUACUUCAAGCUCAUUUUUCCCAUUUAAAAAUGCCUUGUUCUGAUUAUAUUACUGAUCUAAAGUCAGUAUUAGAUCAAUCAAUACGUAUUUUGCAAGCAAUGAUUGACAUCAGUGCUGAAGGUGGCUAUCUAGUAUUAUGUUUGAGAUUAGUGCAGCUUAUGCAAAUGAUUAUACAAGCUCGCUGGGUGACUGAUCCACCUGUUACUACUUUACCUGAAGUAGAAAAACAUUUGAUACCAUCAAAAGAGUUGACAGAACUUUGCCUACCUCAUUUAUGCAAUGUGGCCCUUAAAAGUUAUAAGCAUUUUGAAGAAAUCAUGUUGAAAACUCAACUUGAACACAAAGAAAUCGAAAAAGCAUAUGCAACUAUCAUAGAAAUGCCAGUAGUAAAUGUACAUUUGUUUAUUCAAGGCUUUUGGCCUGAUAGUGAAGAAUUACAAAAGAAACAAGUAGAAAUUGGUAAGCGAAUGGAAAUUUCAGCCGGUUCAGAGUAUACAUUGUUAGUCGAAAUGAAAAUUUUAAAUCGGGUUGUACCAUCGAAAGCUCAUGCACCAAAAUUUUCUAAAUCCAAGGAUAUUGGUUGGUUUAUAAUGCUUGGUUCUAUCGAGCAAUGGGAGCUGAUAGCAUUGAAGCGUAAUACUAAUACCCGUUAUAGGACAACUUCAAGCAAAUUAUUAUUUAAUACACCCUCAAAACCAAGUCAUGUAAAUUGGACUUUUUACAUGAUGUCUGACUGUUACCUCGGCUUGGAUCAACAAUAUGAAAUUGAAUUCAAUGUUAUAUAA